CAUCCUCUUCCCCUUUUUAUUCACAACACAACACAACACAACACAACACACUUUCUCUCACUGAGCUACUAAAACAGUAAAACUCUUCAUAAACAACCAAAACGGCAAAAGCCUCUGCGUUUUGCUUUCUUGAUUUUGUGUUCUUUCAAAAUAUGGCGGCGGUGACACUUACAAUCCUCUUCACCUCCCUCUGCCUCCUUUCUACAGCGUCUUGCCGGACGAUGGUCGGCCGGGCUACGGAGAUUGCCGACGUGAAAGCGAACAAGGAGGUGCAGGAGCUAGGGAAGUUCGCGGUGGAGAAAUACAACGAGGGUUUGAGGCUAUGGCAGAUUUCCUUUAAUGGCGGUGAGGAAGAUCACGGUCAAGAGAAGCUGCAGUUUGGGGAGGUGGUGGAGGCAAAGCAACAAGUGGUGUCAGGGAUGAAGUACUACUUGAAGAUUUCGGCCACCACGAAGAGGGAGAAUGGCGUUCCAAAGAUGUUCAAUUCGGUGGUGGUGGUAAAGCCAUGGUUGCGUUCCAAGGAGCUCCUCCAUUUUGGUCCUUAUUCCACUAGCUCCUCCUCCCACUCCCAGUGAGGAUGAUUUGUAUAUAAUCAUGCUUAGCUGCAAUAUUAGGUUUGGUAAAUUUUUUAGGUGAGGUGUUUAUCUCAUGAAAACCAAACCGGUAGUAGAAUUAUUGUAGCUGUUGGUUUAGUGGUUUAAAUGUUGAAUUAUGGUUCAACCGGAAUAAUCGAAUUGUAAUAAAAUUAAUAUAUAAAAAUAAAAAUAUAUUCAA